AUGGCUUCUCCUCCACUUGAAACAAGCUUGAGCAUAUCAGAGGAACGAGCAGCAGAAGCUCCGCGUACCUCGGUUGACAAAGCCAGCGACACUGUAGGACCGCCUGAGGGCACAUACAAAGAUGGCGCAAAUCCUCUCAAAAUAGCAAACUAUGUUACCAUUGAUGCGUCACCAGAAAGGGACGAGUUGUACGAAAAGAUGGGUCCAUACUGCUCAGCGAAACUGAAAGAUCUCAAGUGCAAUUUGAUGAUGACUCUCAUGAUGGCCAAAGAGAGCACCGGGAAGGAAUAUCCCAUUUUCCUCGUUUCUGUCGAGAAGCAAGUUGCAGAAGAAGCGAGGAAGAGGCUUGGUUGGGCACUCGACGGGGUGCCUAUCAUUAUCGCAAAGGCCUCAUUUUGGGGCGCCUUUAGGAAUCAAUAUCCGGAGUCCAGCGACUCUGAGGAUAAGGACGACGCUGUGUUUCCUCUUCUCGAAUGUCAAAUGUCAAAAGUCAACCCAGAUAGAUUGCCUAAGAGUCGUUGUGGUUCAAAUACACAUCACCCGGUGACACUAAAUGGUCACGCAGUUGAAUAUUGUGUUGAAGGACGUCCCGAGCGCUGA